AAGAGUUCCGUGCUGCUUUGUGGGGCAGAGGAGGCGAGAGGAGGGACAGAGGGAAGAAGCUAACCAGGGCCUCCCACUGGCUGAUAUGAGGAAUGAAGCUGGGAAAAUGUGAGCCUGGGAAAAGGAAUUAAACAAUGUGCAUCAGAAUGCAGUUUCCCAGCUUCUGGGUUAGUUUCCUGUCUUGUUGGAAAGACUGGUCAGUUUAGAUUCAGGACACUGCUGUGUACUAUUUUUAGUAAAUUUAGUAAGCUGCUCCUUGAUUAUGAGAAGGUGAGAGGGCCUCGCAUGAAACUGGAAGGUCAGGCGAUGCAUAGCCAGCAGAACCCUAUAGCUGAGCGGUUCCCCAUGUGCACUCUUACUGUGUUAUUUAUAGGAGAGCCGGUUUUACAAUGACAGUCAGUCUGAGAAGGAGCAUGUCCGCAUGAACAGGCAUCAAUGAGGCCUGUGUAUUAUUCAAAUGCACGCAGCCACUGCAUCUAAAUCCAUUCAGAGAAUCGUGAAGCAUCACAGAAACUUUCCACAUUUGUCUUUAUUUUAGGGAACUUUUCUAUACAUGCCAUUCCAACUAAAGGACCAUUUGGUUAAUUUCACGUCUUGGUUUGUCCCUGUACCUUUGAGGUUUUCUGGCUGAAAACCACAGUCCUGGAGCUUGAUCUAGUUCUUUCUGCUUAGGUAGUUCAUUUACAGGCUACUUUUUUUCUACACACACACACGCACACACUGUUAAAGUUCCCAUGCCAUGUGAGACUGGAGUUUGUUCAAAUGUCAGGCACCUCUGUCGUUGACUGAGUGGCUGUCGGGAGGUUUGUUUUCCGAACACAGUCUACCUCAUGACCCUAAGUGGCAGUGCCACCAGCGAGCUAAUGCGCGUGGGCGGUGCCUGAUGCAAGCACGGCCCGCUCGGCGCUAAAGUACCAGCAGCCUUUUUGAAUUUGUCUCGAAAUGGUAUUGCGCAACGCUUGCAUAAUGCUUUGCAUUGUGUUAGCUGGGGAGCUGUUGAGGCUUUGACAACAGAGGCACAGCACUGAGGCGCUCUGUGUUCUGGCUAUUAGCAUCCGUACCAAAGCGGCUAAAUACCAUAGAACUCGUAGGUUUCACAAGGCAAUCUGCAGUUUAUUUUACAUACCUGAAUGGUAUUUAGGGAAAUAUACCAAUGGCUGAAGCAAUCAACUUACCAAACCCUUGUCAGUUAGGCAGCUCAGUUUGGGGAAAUGGUUACUAUCGGGCUGACUGCUGUUAACCCGAAACCUUUGCGAGUCGUAUGGCUUGGUUUGAGGAAUUAGUCGCUGGCAGGUUGGAGUCACGCUGGUGGCUGUGCUGAAUCAGAACACGGUUUUGGAUUUAGAUUAGAUUAAUUUUUAUGGUCUCAAAGGAAAUUUUCUUUUGAACAAAUAGCAUAAUUGCUAUAGAUAAAGCCAUACAACAGGUAACGUAGCACACAAUACAUUCGUCCUUUACAGCUACACAGCAAACCCGUAUAAUGUAACAGACCCUUCCCCGUUCACUGCGUUUAACAUGCUAGCAAAAAUACCAAAAUAAGUAAAAUUGGAAAGGGAUGCAAGCAUUAUCUGGAGAUUCCUUUUCGAAAAAAUUAUAGAAAAAAGCAGGAAAGGGGGGCAGGGUAGGUCAAACUGCACGUACGGUAAAUAGUUUCCAGGUUCCAGAUAGCAGAAACCGCCAGUCACCAGGGAAACGAUUGUUCCGGAAGGAGAGGGCAUUAUGGGAGUUCUUUUCAUUCUGUUUUGUUUCAGUUCUCAGAAAGAUUGUGCUUGCUUCAGAAUGCGGUGUAUGCCAGCAGCUAAAUGAGACUCAGGGAUGGGGGUUCAAGUCAUUCUUCAGCAUGCAAACAUGGAUAACCUGUAAAACAGGCUGGUCCACCCUUAGGGUCCUCGCUGCUGCUAAGUUCCUAAACUCUCUCUGCUGAUGGAAGCUGACAUUUACUUAAGAAUGGAGCGCAGCAACGGAAUGGAAGAGUGAAGCUGGACGUGUGGUUCUGUGACACUGCGAUACUUCGCACAUUUUGAAACAUCACAGAUGGUGUUUAUAUCUCAAAGUACUCUGACUGCCUGGACCUGAACCCCUGGUAUCAGAGGAAGACUGGCUACAUCGUCGUGUUCAAGUUGACCAAGGGCAGGGUCAAAGCCGUCGCGGAGAACUACACGCAGAACUACACCCAACCGACACCGGGCUUCGACUGCCACAUGUCGGAACAGAUCUCCACUGUCUCCCCCACAACCUGCUCCUUCCUGGCGUACGAGCGCACCCAGUAUUACCUGUACGAGCUGUGCCCCGGGGACCCCCAGGCCAAACGCCCCCGCCACGCGUGUCCCUUUGCUGCCGUGGCGUUCACCUACGGCGAGACUGUGCCCACCACCUCGGUGCUACAGGAGCAGAGUAUCACCCUGAAGAAAACAGUGGCUCACUACCAGCCCUGGAGUGGUCAGCUCCAGGUCGGGUCCCUGAUUUUCCCCGUGGUCCUGAGAUCCAGUGCUGGUGCAGUGCUGCCGACCCAACUACCAGCUACCUUGAAUAUUGAACAUUUGAUCAGACUCUCCGACCUGAAGAAACUGCUACCACAAGCCGUCUUCGAGACCUGCUUCUGCAGUGAAGUUUGCUUUGAGGGCUGGUAUUGUAGUCGGCAUGCCGUCUUCUCACUGACAGCUGAGGAACGGCUUUCUCAACUCGCACAGGAACUGAAGGAUAGAGAUCUGGCACUCAUCCUGAGGCUGAAUGACUCAGGCUUCCUGGUUUUCAUAUACUCAUCUUUUUUCCUCACCUAUGAAGACACUAUGUCACGCCAGGAAGAUGUUCUCCAAGGUCUCUUUGUGUUCCAGAACUCUAGAGUUGUCCAGAAAGACAUGAAAAACUGGAGAUCCAAACUUCUUCUCCCAUCUGAGAUAUUAAAGGCCUUGCCAGGGUUGACCUACGCUGAGGCUGAGGUUGAGAAGUGUCCUUCCGACCAACAGGAGGCGCCAUGCUACCUGGUGGAAAGGCACCUACAGAACUAUGCUGCCCUUAUCCAGCCGGGGAUGCGUGACAGCCCCUCUCAGGAGGCCAGCAUUUAUCCGGACCAGUAUGACGUGCCGGAUGUAUCCAAGCACCUCCGCAGUGCUCCAGGGACCACAGAAGCCAGCCGUCUGCGUCUCUUGUCAUACCUGAACCAGCCAGAGGACUAUUCCUUGCCCAUAACAAGAGUCAUGGAACUGUUGGAAGUUGGAAAGGAUGAUGAGGUUAUUGACCUAGACGAUGACACAUACUACUGCAUCUCAUCCCCGGAUGAUGCACCUGCUACUGCCAAAGGUUCUUGCAAUAAUGUGAACUUGGAAGAAGGGUUGAGGGAGAAUCAGGAUUCCAUUUGCAUGCCUGGGGCAGAGUUGGGAAGUGUGGUAGUGGGAGGAGGGAAAACCUUAAGGGAAGAGCCUCAGACCCUGGUUAGGAAAGAGACUGAGGGGAUGUUUGAUGGCCCGGAGUUGGCCAGCCUUGACUGUUCUGUACAGAUUUCAGGAACCCUGGCCAGUUCCUCGUCACAGGAAUUGCCCUUGGCCGAGGACACCACCAAGAGGGUCGCACCAUUGUUGAUCAUUCGACAAACUGCAAAGCGCAAGAGUAGAAGGAGAAAGAGAAGAAAGGGGAACUUGAACAUUGCCAGUCAGGAGGCCCCCGUGGGUGAGAGUUUCGUGGAGAAGACUGAAUCAGCCACCAUACAGCCGAACACGUUAAAGAGGAAGACUUACCAAUAUGGUCUGAGAACCAUCAUCACUGACUGUGGUCGGGUUUUUAUUCCUCAUGGCUCCCAAGACAUUACCAGUUCUACUGUGUCUAUGACAGACGUGGAAAGAGUAAUGGAUGUUAUAAGCAAAGAAACUGGUGCAGGAACAGAUAGCCCACUCGUUCCGAAAGAGAGGGCAGAACUUUCACCCAGGGAGUGCGUAGAUAAUCAAGCUGUGCUGAUAGAAGCAGCAGAGCAACAUGUGUCACCUUUAGUGAGUGGUCAAGCUCCAGCAACAGAAGGUGCUGCUAGAUUGGCUCCAUCACUAAGGAAAGUAGAUGGACGGCCUACACUCAGAAAGACAAAGCACAGAGGACAAAUUGUAUCUGAGGAGACCAGGGACAAAGAAGUACAGCCUUCUGAGAAGGUGGACCGUGGACCGACUGUAGACAUGGAAGCCCCAUCUAUGGCGGUGACAGUAGAAAAGGGAGAUACAGAAGCUGUUGGCAUGGAGGUAGCAAGUAGACAGACUUUGUGCAUGGCCAGGGGAGAUGGCCAAGUCCUUCAGCCUAAUGUAGAUACGGUCACACCUUUUAUCUCAGAAUCUAUUGCAAACAAAGGAGUACAAUCAAAUGCCCCUCCUCAUACCAACAUCACAGAUAAGAAGCAGCCAGAACUAUUUAUUAGUACAGCCCACCAGAAGGGAAAAAGAAAACAUCCGCUGUGUCUGAUAAGUCCACUGUUGACUGUAUUAGGGGAUACUAAAGAACCAGCCAUCCUGAGCAAUGCAGGACCUCGGCCAAAGAGGGGCAAAAGCUGUUUGAGUGAGAAUGAAGCAGAGAAUCUCAACAUCAACUGCGGUAACACUGUGGCCCCAACACUUGCAAACAUUUUGUCUGACUCUAGCCUGAGAAAGGCUUUGGGCUCGGACCCUGAGCUUGGGGUACAGGUGGAAAGGGCUGAAGGAAACUCCAAGGUAAGGAACUGGCUGAGAAGGGGUAUCCCAAGGAAGUCGGACAUUGCGGAUUCUGAUGGAACACAGUGUAUUCAGAAGAGCCCAAGUCCUGUCACCAUGACAGAGAUUGAGAAAUUGGUCAAACCACUGAAGAAGCAGCUAAGGAACAGAAUAACGAAGUAUAUGAAAGAAAACGGGUGGUUCAAUUUUGACACAACCGCUUCAUAUGGCAGUGACAAACUAACACAACCCCAGGCCCAGGGACACAAUUCUGCCGCUAGUGGGGAUCGGGGGGGAGGAGGCGUUAGCGGCGCCUUGUUUUUGGGCAGUCGUAGUCCGGAAGUGGCCGCCAGCCAGUCCCCCGAUGCACUCACUUUGUUGGCCGAUUUAGCCCUUAGCGCCAAUGAUGAUAAACUCCUACAGGGCCUCAGCCCAGUUCUUGGAGCGAAGCUGGCCCCCGGGGGGCAAAAUUGUGGCACCGGCACAGAUGAUGACACCGUGGCCGGAUCUGUCCUUCACUCCUUGCUGGGACAUCCGUUGCCCAAGCGUAGGCCUCGGCGAACUAAGAGGAACCUCCCCAUCAAAUCCCCAUCCCCCAAGGGUGUGAUUGUGACUGGAGAACUACUUUUGGUCAUUUCUAAAGAGCACUCUUACUCACUGCCCCCCUCCUGUCUGCUGUUGGGUGUGUCAGGUGUGUCUUCGCAGGUCCCCCCCCCAGUCCCAUCAGGUCAAACAGACAGCCACUGCGGUAACUCCCCCAUUGUUGUUGAGAAGAGUGGCACCUCCCCAUGUCAAGAGGUAAUAGGCGCACAGGAAAUGCAGCGUCUACCAGCAGAGAGCUCACACUGCAAUUCCAAAGGCAAGAGGAGGACGUUUCGAUGCUGGAGAAGAGUGGUGGAGGUCGAUGGCUUGCUACGUAUUACGCGACUGUGGAAGGAAAAAUAUGAGUUUUGUCUAGACAGCAAGUACACCAAUGACCCCUUGGAUAAAGCGGUGACACGGGCUCUUCAUGGACCAUGGGACUCCAGAAUUGAGGAGAAUAUUGAGCAGGUUCACCUUAUCCUUCAUAUGUGGAUUGGUCUGUUCUACAGUAAGUCAACCGCCAGGUUCUUUCAGACAGACUCAGAUGGGGAAAUUUUAAGAGGACCUAGCCCUGACAGGAACCUCCAUGCAGCAAAGACUGGGUAUUCCAGGUUCACACAGGACUUUCACACAACGGAACCUGAGCCUUUGGACCUAAGAGAAGAAAGGAAAAUAUCAGAAGAGCCCUUAAGUCCAACUACAGAAAUUUUAGACCUCUCUCAGAACCAGUUGGACGUUUUAGACCUUAGUGUUCCAAAAUAUGGUAGAGAAGAGAUGUCUCAUGUAGCCAGUGAGAUGGAAAGCUCAACGUCUCUCCAUAAACCUGAUAAGCCGAUUGACCUGGCCAUCACAGAUACAGCCAACAGAAGCAUGGUUGCAUUGUUUCAUAGCAAGGAACAUAGAAGCAGAGUUAAUAGCAUUCUGGAUGAAGAGCCCGAGGAAGAGAGUGGCAACAGCAGUGAUUUCCAAAAUGACUGCGGAUUUGAAUUGCAACCCUUAAGUGAACCUCCUCAAAAUGACUUUGUUUAUGAUGAACUGUGUAGGCAUACAUCAGACAUGUACAUUUCCGGAGGAAAAGUCUUAAACAUGACAUUUGAAGGAAAACAGGCCAGGGCAUUUGCAACUGCAGUAGCUAGUCAGUUAUCUGGCAAACUUGGAGGCCAUGUAGUGGGUCUUGGGAAAAAACGUACAGCUUACUUACAGCCAUGCAAAUUUACCAAUAUUAGUUUUGUACCUGAUGUAAUCAUGCCACAGCUUGUUGUCAGUGACAGUAAUUUACUAGAAGACACAACCAAAAAGGAUAGCAUUUAUAACUGUAAUGUCUCUAUGCCUGUAACAGUGCAUGAUGGGAAGGAUCACACUGCUCAAGAGAGUGUUGUAAGGCCUGACAGAGUUGAUUUGGAAGGAGGCAAGGACACUGAAAUUCUUGAGUCCGUACAAGUCGAAGUGUAUUCAGCCCUACUUGACCAAACCAGACGAGAGGCAGAGGUACCACCCUGUGAUGGUCAUAACGCCGAUGUAGUGGGAGACUUGGUAGAAAGCAACACUAGCAACCAAAGCAUUGUCCCUGACAAGUGGUCAGACGUUGAUGAUGUCCGUAACAGUGGCCAGGAUUUCAAUGAUGCAGUUGCCUCUCAGAGCAGAAGCCCAGCUCCAACACUGGAUGAGUUACCUUGUGAACCCAAACCUUGUAGCUUUCAUAGCAAUGCACUCUCAAACAAAUCAUGGAGUAGUCAUGAUGAAACUCGCACUAGCAAUGAGUGCACAUCCACUGGGGAUUUGGGUGGAACAGAAAUUCCUAACAGCUCUCCAUCAUUUCCGCACGCUGUUACAGAUAUUCUGACAUGUAUCGUUGAUGCCUCUGUUCAAAAUGCUGACAACAAGCCCAGUCCUGAUAGCACUUCUGAACCCAUUGUGUCCAGUAUUGAUACGGACAUGGAGAAUGCCUUGCUCAGCUGUAACAAUUCUGGUGUCCUCUGCAGUAAAUCACCUACACAGGUGUCUCAGGAGGGAAAAUCUGUAUCUCCAUUACACAGUCCCAGUAGAUCACACCCCAGCAGCAGCUGUAGGACAACUGACCAGAGUAUACCUACGUCAACCUCUCAGGAGAAUACCUGUUUGAACAGCAACUGUAACUUGGAUGAAAAUCCACAAUAUAGAGAUGGAACAUCUGAAUCCGUGAAUUUCCUCACGGUUACACCAGAUUCAUUACACAGUAGCAGUGGAUCUGCCGUUAAAAGGAGCUCACAACCGGGACAUACUCCUGACUCCUUAAUGCCCAAUCUUUCUACGUCAAAUCCUCAUUGUAGUGAAUUCAGUAAUGCAGCAAAUAGUCCAGAAAGUUGCGAAUCAUCUCUCAAAGGCAGGCCCAGUACCCCUGAAUUGUAUCUGCAGCCCUGCUCCAGUCCUGGCAGAAGUUUGAAUUCAUCAGCAAUGUUGCAGUCGCCUUCAAACAACACCAAAGUGUCUACGACUAAUCUGACACAGUACAAUUACGGAGUCUGUUCUGAUAACAAGCACAACCUAACAGAAGUGUCAGAGGUUUUCUUUGAAAAAGAUGUAACUUGUGCAAUAGACCAGUGCAGUGACCAGUCAAGAAACUCCAUAGAUGACCUUUUGGGUAAGGUUCAGGAUGGGUCUCAUUCAGGUGAUGAGGAUCCAUCCAAAUAUAAUGUGGCGUAUGAUAACCCUGAACCCUAUGAUGAUAGCAUUAAUAUGCCUAUAGACCAUAGCCAAAGUAGGUUGCAUUCAGACCUUACUUCAGUUGAAACUCCACCACAAGAGGAUUUUGUAUCCUGUCCCUCAAAAACAUCAGAGAACUCCCACAGUUCACCUGAAGAGAACAUCAACAUUUCUGAACCACCUGCCAUCAGGUCCUCCUCCUAUAAAGAAAUGCCAGAACCUGUUAAUUAUGACUCUGACUUCUAUGGCAGUCUUUUGUAUAAGGACCUUCACUCAUCCAUGGAUGUGAAAACCUCUAAGAAUCAGGAGUGCAGUUUAGAGGACAUUCCAUCCCUGAGUAGAGUAUCUGAACACACUGUUAGCAUGGAUAACAUGAAAGAUCCUAAUGCUAAAUCAGCUACGGCAGAGGAAAUGAGAAACAUCUAUGAACAGCAAAAUGAGGAAGAUGAGAAUGAAGAGUGCAAUCUGCUGGAGAGAGAGUGUUUGAACAGGUUCCCCGCUGAAGAGAGUGGGAGUGAGGACAAUUCUCAGUCUGCCCAUUGUAUCUCAGACCCUUACUUCUCUAUGAAAACUAAUAAGCAUAACACUGAUUGCAAAAUGAAGAAACGCUUUAGGUCUGUCUACCAAAAAGUGAUAGCAGAUGAACAGACUGAUAAAGAAUUCUUGGAUAAUAGACAAAAAAAUAUUGGACUUAUUUCUUAUAAAACAAGAAUAUCAGAAAGAAUCUCUGACUCACCUAUCACAUGUUACACUGCAAACUAUAAACCUGAAAUGGAUUGGACAAACUAUUGUAAGGGAAUAGAGACACUGAAACGAAAUAAGCAUCCUGUCAAAGAUGACCAUGGUAUCCCUUCCCAUACAGCAUCACCUAUCAUCACGGUGUUUGAUCACAAGGGAAACCGAAUGACAUACGAAAAUUAUCCCAUUGUGAAACCUGGGCCGAGCGGACGUGUCAGGAUGAUUCGGAAUUCCGGCAGUUACCUGCACAACUUUCAGCAGAAGUGGGAGGAACUACACCUUGCAAGGCCUGAUAUGACUCAAGAUACCAUGGACCUAGAGUAUCUCAUAUUCUCUGAGAAAAUGAACCAGGUUAUCAAAAGCAAUCAGAAGACCAGCAGAUCCACCCGCUAUGCCUGGAGAAGGCAGGCCAUGUCUGAUGUUGAUGUUACUUAUCAGAAUUCUGCUGUGGGUAUACAUGUUUCAAAGGAGCUCCAGAGCACACGAUUACCUCUAAGAAGGUGGAAGAUGAAGGUGGACCUAACAGACAAGGCAUGGUCAAGAAAGCGGGAGGCUGUCUCCUCCAUGCCUUGUGAGCCACCAUUGUCCUUGCGGAGAUUGUCUCACCUGGACUUAAAGGGUGAUACACAUCCCGCGGUCUCAGACAUCACUGUUGAAUGUGCCUCAUCGUACCACACAAUAAUGAAUGACAUCUGCUCAGGCAGAAAGUUUCUGCAGCAUACCAGCAAGCCCAAGGAGGACAGUGCUUUGCCGCCAUGUGGAACAAGAGAACGCAUUUUUGAACAAAUGCAAGAGGAGACCUUCAAGGAUAUGCAGGAAAAGAUCAAUGCUGCAGUCCGGCUGUCCUCCAAGACAAAAUUCAAGUUCUACAUCCUGGUGACUUCAGAUGAUUACUUCUUUGAACAGACAAAGGAGCUCUUGCUUGCAGAAGGUCAUGACAGCAUUGAGCCCGAGGAGUUCAAUCUGGAGAGGCAGAUACCCAUAUCACCGCUUCUCAUCAUCAUAAGGAAUGAGGAUAUUGCUGAGCACAUCUGCACGAUUCCACGGCUGCUGGAGCUGAAGAGAUCAGCCAGUGUGCUGUUUGCUGGGAUCGACCGAGCUGAUGACGUCCUUCACCUCACACACCAGGAGCUCUUUGGCACCGGGGGCUUUGUGGUGUGCGACACGGAUGCUCUGAGUUCCCUGACACUGGACAACAUGAAGAGGUUGGUCCAGGCUUUGGAGGAGCUGAGCAAGAAGGGGAAGUGGCUGUGGUUCCUCCACUACCGGGACAACCGUCUGCUGAAGGAGAACGCCAGGCUGAGUACAGAAGCCCGGGACAGGAAGCAGUUCCUGGAAUCCUGCCAGGAGGCCGGCCUGGUGGAGACGGUUCCGUAUCACGGCUGUGACAUCAUGUCACAGGAUCAACCCGAUUAUCUUCACUGCAUGAUCCGGCUACAGGCUCAGCAUAUCACAGCCCGGUUCGCCGUCUUCAUAACAGAUGUACCAGAUGAUAAUUUUGAGAACUACGGAAUUUUUGCGAUGGACAUUGACACCUUUCUACAGAUUUCUAGGAGAAUCUCAACGCUUGCAGAGUUUUAUGAAUAGUUUUGCAGCAAGAAUUUAAUAUUGGGUAGGCUGUCACAUGAUGGCAUACAGUCAUGUCAAUAUGUACAUAUUUCUGAAAUAUUUAUCGCUUGGUGAGAACAUUUCCUGAUUUCCAUUAGGAAAGAUGUUAAGGGUUAUUUUUUACCAUCUUUCGGGAACAAGCACCCUGUUGGUGUGGAUGACUUCUCAUCAGCAUUAAGCUCCUUGUGGACAAAGCAGUUUAAAGUUGUAUAAUUCAGGGUUAAGUUCUGUGCGGAUGGCAGAACAACAUCAGCACAUGAUUUUGCUGCCCCUCUGCAAGUUGUACUAGGCCUCUACUUGAUUAAAUACAAGAAGUCUUACUGUAACAUUCCACAGAGGUCUAUUUUCUCGGUUGUCAGAAGUUAGUCUUUGUAGAGCAUAUCUGACUUUUGUAAAUCUUUUCCUAAACUAAUAAAAGUGUUUUACAUUUAA